UUUACGAACGAGAUAAAUACUGUUUUUUGUGCGGCGAAUACAUCAAGGAAACAGAAAGGGCAACUAUCUUAACAGACACCAAUAUGCUAUACUUUGAGCAGUCAUACGGAUUUUCGCCAGAUUUAAGCCACUCAUACAAAGGUAGUUCAUUAUACGAGUCAUGCAGAAAGAACUUGGCAAAUCAUCGUAAUCAGAAUGCAAAGUUGAAGUUUAUCGAACCAGCUAUAUGGCGUAAACUAAAAAAUGGCCAUGAGAAUUGUCGCAUUUGCACAACUAAUAUUAAUUUUUAUCAUGCUCGCCAUAAAAUAGACUAUCCAUCCGAUUCCAACGUUGUUAGUCUGAUAUUAAACGUGAAUAAUGAAGAUAUAUGUCUAUGUAAUACUGAAUGCGAUUCCGACUCGGAGGAUGAUGCCGAUUACUUAACAUUUGGCGAUAUUGACGAUGAAGAUCUAGACGAAGAUGAUAAUUACGAACCAGCUUUAAAGAAAUCGAAAACUGAAAAUCAAUAG